UCAUUACGUGAAAAAUCAUCUCUAGUAUUCCUUUGCUUUUGGAGUAGAAUUUAUUUAAAUAUUUAUUUGAGAAAAUUUCGAAACAUUUGUAAAAUUAUGUCUGACUAUCAAGUAGUAAUUCAACCAGUGAUCACUCGAGAAAUGGUGCAAAUCUUACCAAGUGUAAUAGACGACAAGAUAACAUUGCCCGAUAUUGUGGAGGAUAUCAUUAAAAAUUCCCAAGGAGAUAGUAAAUCUGAGGCAAAGUCGACCGAGGAAUAUACUGCAGAAAAGUCGGAAACCGAGGCUGAAACGGAGGAGGAGGAUGUGGAUGAGGAAUCCGAGGAGCCAGAAAAAGGAGAAGUAAAGUACGCCUGGAAUGCUCCCUGCAUGAUGGUUCUUUUCGAGGAAGGCGAUCUCAACUGUGCCCUCCAUCAUCUUGUCGAAUCUCUGCAGGAUCCCUUUGCCUUGGAUGCUGUAGCCGUGCUUUUGGUACAGGAAAGUCUAGUAGAAGAACUAGAGGCUAGAGUGUUGACUCUGGUGAAACCAUUGGAUUCCCGUGUGGCCAAUCAUCCUUGCUACAAACGGACUCUACUCAAGAUUGCUGAGCUGAAACCAAAAACUGUUGUUGGUCCUCCUAGCACUGUAUUAUCCGAUGCCAUGCCCAUGCUGGUGCGGGAUAUUCCCCACAAGUUCUUGGGCGAGGGACCCACCGGUAUUAUCACAAUGCACGUUUUUCGCACUCCCUUUGAGGCCACUCGGAUCUAUCGCAAGGAAUAUCCCCUGCCCAUCGCAUCGGUCAGCAUCUGGAAUGAGCGAGUAUCACAUGUCUUUGAAAUUGUCGGCAUGAUGAAUGUCCUGGACACCUUUAAGAUCAACUGUUUCAGGGUGAAUAUGGAGCCCAUCAAACGCGCCUUUGAACUGCGAAAAUUUAGCGCCUGCAUGCAUAGGGGUUAUCACUAUGAGACGCUGCAAAUUAAUGGCGAGCGAAAGAUUGUCAUAUUUCCUGUGGGAACUAUAAUUGGUAACUGAGGUAUAAACAAAAUAAAUGAGGCGUUUAACGGUA